AUGGAAGUCGCCGCCGAGGCGAGCAAGCCGGCAUCUCGACCGGCCACGCCGCCCACUGAGGGAGUAUGAGUGCCUUCAAUGGCUCGAGUUGCACCGUCUUCUUCGAGACUAACAUUUCUACAGCCACCAAAGAACUUCGGCACGGUCGCCGACGACGAAAACUACCGCAUCUACCGCAGCGCAUUCCCCGGAAACGUGAAUGUCGAUUUCCUCAAGACCAAGAACAUCAACACGGUUAUGUGCGCAUUGAGUAGACGUUCCUAUAUUUGGCGGCGCUGAUUUUCCGCUAGCACCCUCGUGAACUUUGAAUCCUUCGCCAUCGACGAGGGCCGCCGCGGCGUUGCGCAAUUCAUCGAGGAAAACAGUAUCCAGCACGUCUCCAUCCCAAUCACGCCAAACAAGGAGAAGGACGGGACCUCCACGUCGGUCGAAAGCAUCUGCGAAGCCUUGAUCCACGUGAUCAACCCGGCCAACUAUCCACUCUACAUCCACUGCAACCAGGGCAAGCAUCGUAAGUACCACGAGCACAGCACAUAUGACCGAAAGAAGACACUGACACUCCUCUAGGCACCGGAUGUGUCGUGGCGUGCUUCCGCAAGUGCCAGGGCUGGGCAAUCGACAAGAUCAUCGAAGAGUACGAUGUCUACGCCCUAGGCAAGUCGCGCAAGGAGGAUGUCGCCUUCAUCGAGGCCUUCGACACGGCGGCAGUCUACAAGUACGCGAAGGAGCGGGAAAAACUGCACCUCUUCCCCAAGGAGCGCAAGGAUUCUGCCGUCAGCAUUUGGGACCUGGCACCAGUCCAGGAUCUCUCUCCGUCGGCCGAUAACAGCUCGGAGUACGGCGUCAGCUCGGAGUACGGUAUCGCAAGUUCCGAUGACGGUUUGUGA